AUGACACGGUACGAGAAGAACCUGUCCAAAGCAAAUAUGUGGAAGCUGCUGUGGGCAGCCGUUGUGGUGGCCCUGCUCUCCACGUGCUAUGUAGAUGCAAAUCGUGAGAGAAGCAAACGUGCGAUAGAGAAUAGCCCACAGUUCCAGGGUUAUAUCUAUGAGCCACCAUCUAAACCUUUUACUUUACCCCCUGCAGGAUCACGGACAAGUGAAAUAGCGUUGAGGCCAACAACGGUGACAUUGCCACCGUAUACUCCAAGAAUAACAACGAUAAGAACACCACCACCGACACAAAGAACAUCAACAUAUGUGGUGACAGAGAGAUAUACAACCCCAAGGACUCCAUUCCCAACGCCGCCACCACCAUCAAGAACGCCACCGCCGCCACCACCCCCUGUAGUAACAGAUGGAUAUGUAUACACUACUCCGAAGAUUCCAUUCUCAACAACGCCACCGCCACCACCAAGAACACCACCACCUCCUCCUAGAACACCACCACCACCUCCAAGAACGUCUACAUAUGUAACAUAUACAACUCCAAGGACUCCAUUCCCGACACCGCCUAGAACACCGCCACCGCCGCCUAGAACACCGCCGCCAAGAACAACCGGAUACGUUUAUACAACUCCAGAAACAGAGUUUACGUUACCACCAAGAACGCCGCCACCGAGAACGCUGCCACCAAGAACACCGCCACCAAGAACACCGCCGCCACGAACUCCUCCACCGCAAACACCACCACCAUAUUUACCACCUGUCAAGACUCCACCACCAAGAACGCCGCCACCGAGAACACCACCACCGUAUACUCCUCCUCCACGAACUCCUCCACCAAGAACGCCGCCACCAUACACACCACCCCCGCAAACUCCUCCACCGAGAACACCACCACCAUAUAUUCCUCCUCCACGAACUCCUCCACCAAGAACGCCGCCACCAUACACACCGCCCCCGCAAACUCCUCCACCGAGAACACCACCGCCAUAUUUACCACCCCCGCAAACUCCUCCACCAAGAACGCCGCCACCGUAUGUUCCACCUCCACAAACUCCACCACCGAGAACACCGCCACCAUACAUACCACCUCCUCAAACUCCUCCACCAAGAACACCGCCGCCAUAUACACGGCCCCCACAAACUCCUCCACCGAGAACGCCACCACCAUAUAUUCCACCCCCACAAACUCCACCACCGAGAACACCGCCACCAUAUAUUCCACCCCCACAAACUCCACCACCAUACAUACCGCCCCCACAAACUCCUCCACCGAGAACGCCGCCACCAUAUAUUCCACCUCCACAAACUCCACCACCGAGAACACCGCCACCAUAUAUACCACCUCCUCAAACUCCUCCACCAAGAACACCGCCUCCACGAACUCCUCCACCGAGAACACCGCCACCGUAUACACCGCCUCCACAAACUCUUCCACCUAGAACCCCACCACCAAGAACACCACCUCCGCGAACACCACCAACAAGAGGAUACACAUAUACUACACCAGAAUCAGUUUUUACGUAUCCUCCCAAGACACCACCACCACCACCACCACCACCUCCUCCACCUAAAACCGCGCCUCCUUAUCUGCCGCCUUCAACUAGACCUCCAUACGUACCACCAACUCCAAGGACAACAACAAAACGUAUAGAAUAUGAAGUUGGAUCAUACGAAAGUAGCUUUGGAACGUAUUCUACAAAACGCCCGACCACUCGUCCUCCACCGCCUAUUACAAGACCUACUCCUUCUUACCUGCCGCCUUCAACUAGACCACCCUACGUACCACCAACUCCAAGGACCACAACAGAAGGAUAUAUAGGCGUUGGAUCAUUUGAGACUGGCUUUGGAACAUAUUCUACAAAACGCCCGACUACUCGCCCUCCACCGCCUAUCACGCGACCCACCCCUCGAAUCACUUCCCAAGCACCUACUUAUCUUCCGCCUUAUUCUACGCCAUCUACUACCAGAUAUACUCCAACCACGACCAGAUACACUCCAACGACAACCAGAUAUACUCCUACCAGAUACACUCCAAUUACGACCGAAUAUACUCCGACUACAACUAGAUAUACUCCAACUACAACUAGAUACACUCCAACUACAACUAGAUAUACACCAACCACAACUAGAUAUACUCCUACAAGAUAUACUCCAACUAUAAGAACGCCUAGCACGUAUACUCAGACAACAUCGGGCUAUCUGCCGCCCAGAACCACUCCGUCGACUACUCAGUACAUUCCACCACAAACUCCGUCGACUACUCAGUAUAUUCCACCGCAAACUCGACCACCACCAUAUCUUCCGCCGUCAACCCCGAGGCCGGUAUAUCCAACCGUGACAGCACCGCCACCACCCCCGCCUAUUUACAGCAUCACGCCCAGCACGCCGACCUCGCCGCCGCCGACCGGAAGCCCGGCGCCACCCCCAACUCUGCCGCCAACGACACCCAGGCCGACUUUAGGAUACAAUUACCCGAUCCCCGACAUCCCGUUUGAAACUCGCAAACGAUGAGAGAUCAACGCAGCGCGAUUACCGAUUAACAAAAUCUUAAAUAUUAGUAUGCGUAUUAAUAUUAGUAAAGAUUAAUUUAAUGGCCGAUGGUAGAGCGCUGAAUCAUUCGCCGGACAUUUAGAGAGUAUUGCCUUUUUUUAUAUAUCGAUCGUUUUCGCCACACUGUUUCUUCCAGAUAAGGAUUUAGUCGACCAACGAAUGUCGUUUUACAUGUGUAACGAGUGUGGAAAAAAGGAAUAAAAAUUUUUAUAAAAA